AUGGCUAUUCCAGAUUACAUGACAGACAAAAAUGCCGUCCUUCAGGACAAGGUAGAAUGGCUCAAUGGCAAAACCCCUGAUUAUUCAAAGGCCAAUGCACGUUAUGAAGCGGAACGUUCUAAGAUUCAUACCGCGGGGUCUCUUGAGGAUCUUGUAACAAAUCUUGUAAAAAAUUGGGAAAAAGAAGCUUCUCACAAAAAAAAAGCUGAAGAAUGGCGCACUAUUGAUCAUAAAGUUUACAAAUUCUCUACAAACGGCGGUCCUUGGUCAACUGCGGAAGAUAUGUUAAAAAUUGGAACUUACAAUGCACUUAUUGGCGAGUCUGAAUUCUAUUCAGCGAGUCGUUUAGGUUUUGAGGAAUCUCACGACGUAUUCCGAAAUUCUUUAGCCGCUGGUUUUGCUUGGGAAGUUCUCGAAGUCUAUUCUGGCCCUCCAAGAGUUUCCUUUAAAUGGCGUCAUUGGGGCAAGAUGACAGGUACACUUAAAUGUCCGAUUCGAAAUGGAAAGACACUGGUGGCAGAACCAACAAAUGAAGUAGUAGAAAUCUUCGGCGUCACUGUUGCGACGAUUAAUGACAAAUAUCAAAUAACUUCUCUUGAGACCUUUUAUAAUCCAUCCGAUCUCAUGACUCAAAUGACUAAGAACUGUCCAAUUGCCGGUCAAUAA